AAAAACACCUCAGGUCAGGUAGAAACAAAACAAAAGUUGUUUGAAGCUUGAAUCAUUCGUUAUGGAGAGAAGCUGAAGUCUUAAAAAUGCCGUAAAUCGUGACAUUAUUUUGAUUUUAACAUGUCUCUUCGGGAUGCAGUUCAAAAACUAUAUGAUUUUAGAGAUGAAUACUUCAUUCAUCAUCUACCUGAACAAGCUGAUGAUAAAGUCAAAGACCUUACAUCAGAGCUUGAAAAAACAUUAAAGUUAUUUGAUAAAGAUGAGGUUUGUGCCAAUGAAAAAAAGGAGCAUGAUCUACUAAAAGCAAAAGCGCUAAAUGUUUUGCCUGACUUCAAUCCCGAAACUGUAGAAAUACUGACGAAAUUAGUCAAAUUCCAUCCUAAGAAUGUUGAAGCUUGGAAUGAAUUAGGAACUUGCUUUUGGAAGAAAGGUGAUAUAAAAGCUGCCAAAAGCUGUUUCGAAAGUGCAUUGAGGGAGGGAAAAAAUGCUGAAUCAUUACGCAACUUGUCUAUGGUCUUACGACAGAUUGCAGAUACUCCUGAAGAGAAAUUGCCUAAUGUACAUCUGAGCUUAGAAAAAGCAAAAGAGGCUGUCAAUCUCAAUUUACAGGAUGGAAAAUCUUGGUAUAUUCUUGGCAAUGCAUACCUGAGUUUAUAUUUUAUAACUGAUCAAAACCCAAACCUAAUAAAACAGUGCCUGUCAUCCUACAACCAAGCCAUUACUGACGAAUCCAUGAAAUGUAAUCCUGAUUUGUAUUACAACUGGGCAGUGGCGCUGAAAUAUGAUGAAAACUUUAGACUAGCUUUGGAAAAUUUAGAGAAAGCUUUGAAAUAUGAUCCACUUUGGAAAGAUCCCAAAGAAGACUUGGAGGCGUUAUUCAAGCACCUUGAAAAUAUCCAGGAAAUGACUUCAAAAAAGGGUAAAUUAAAGGCUCGGAGAAUCAAAGAACUGUUGAACAAUUUGAAAAAAGAAUAUGUAUAUCCAUCCAGCAUUUCAUAUACCAAUUCAAAAGGACAACCUGUGAAUGCUCAACUGGCAAAGUUUUCUGAUCUUGAAGUAGGGCUCAAUGUUGGUAAAAUUUUGUAUGGAAAAGUGGUCUGCCAUGUUUAUUGCUCGGAUGCACCAUCAUUCACUUUCUGUAUGAUAGAUCAAGCAGAGAACUGUUUUGCUGUAAAUGUAUAUAAUAUGAUGCAAGGAAAAGGUGUUAUUAUUGGAGACAGUGUUUCAAUUCAUCAGCCAUUUGUUCAGCAUUUUAACUUCACUUUCAAAAACAAAACCUUCAGCUUUUCCAGUGUUCGUGUAAAUAGUCCUUUGCAGUUGGAAGUAAAUAAAAAGAAACUUGGAAGAGAAGUACAAGCUGCACCUAAACUGUCUGUUACUGUAAAGAGUGAUUAAUUUUAUUUAUGUAAUUUAUGUUUUUAUAUUAAGUUUGUAAAUAAAAUAUGCUAAAAUA